AUGCAUCGAUCGCGAGGACGAAGCAUUUCCCAGAUACAGGAUGACGAGGUGUUCCAAAUUGACGCCCAGAUGGAGUAUAUCAACCGAUUUAUGAAGUGGAACAUUGGGGAUUUAGAUCGAUUUGCAACAUUACUCAAAGCGCGACUGACGGCUGAAGAAGCCUACGUACAAUCACUACAAAAAAUUACAAAAUCAGUCACUGUGCCUGAACCUGAACCUGCCACCUAUUUCGGUGAAAUCAACGGAACUUUUCAGCAUGCGGUCUUCCAGUACGAGCUUUCCGUGCAAAGGAUUGUCGAUCUGAAACGAGAUCUGAUUCACUCUUUGAAAACUCAGCUGAACCAAGUGUUCGAGGUCAAGGUUGAAGUGGGUAAUGUGAGUGCUGAUGACUUGAUGCACCAGGAGUUGCAAGAUAAUCGUCGCCGUAAAACCAAAGGUUAUAUAAGCGAGAAAAAUAUGGAUUACGCCAACUUCCGUACCAAAGAUAUUGUCAAGCUUCAUAAGAACUAUGAAAAUCGAUGUCACGAAUAUCAAGCAGCACAGCAACAACUCCAACAGCAACAACAUCAACAGCAACAAAGUGGCCAGCCUUUAUCGGCAGGGGAUCAUUACGCGGAUCAUUACAUGCCACCGACGCGAUUAUCGGUGGACGAACCACAGCCACGAUUAUCCAGUGAAAGCGGACGAGAUGCUGACGCCAGUUCAAUUCAUUCCACGAGCAAUAACUCUCAUGAUAAUGCGCACAAGAAAGCACUCGUUGGAUUCAUGGCCCAAGUUCGAACACAAUUCGCGAAUGUUGCAGCAGCAGCUGCCGCUGCCAAUAACAAUAUGCCAAUGGAUAUAUCAAAACAGAAUGUCAAAUUAUCUAAAAUGAAAAAGGAUAUAGCCGAUGCUGAUCUUGAGUACAGAGAGGGCAUUCGCGAGCUGGAACGUCGUCGCAAAAGGCAAAUAGAGGCAAUCAACGUGGCAAUGAAGCAAAUAGAGAUCGUGUUGACGGACAAAGCAAAGAUGACCCGGUCUGUAUUGGGAGGCAUUUUGACGGCAGAACGGACCGUGCUGUGCGAAGAAAUUGCGGUCCUGGACUAUUCACUUCGCAUCACCGAAGCCGUUGACAGUAAAAAGGAUAUCAUGAGUUUCUUUGCGGAAUACAACAGAAAGAGAAAAGCGGUGACUCCAUCUCCUAUUUUUUACGAAAACUUUUUUUAUGGGAGAUGCAAACAUAUCGUGUUUGGUGUUUCUUUGCAGGAAUAUGCCGCUGAAUAUGAGCGAUCGGUCCCUAUUGUCGUUACUAAAUGCAUUGAGGCGAUUGAGCGCAUGGGCGGUCUUCAAAAGGAGGGCAUUUAUCGAAUUCCAGGGCGCCAAAGUAAUAUUGAAAUGCUCAAGACCCUCUUUGAGCAGAACGAAGAUAUUCAAGACUUGGAAACCAAAUAUGAUGUGUUCACCAUUGCGACCGUAUUGAAGAUUUAUCUCCGAGAACUGCCACAACCUUUGUUUGAUUUAAGCGUGCAGGAUCGUAUGAAAUACUCGCGCACAUAUUGCAUCCUUACCGAAACCUCAUCGCGAUACUUUGCGGUGCCUUAUUCAUCAUCUUGUCAAAUGAAUCUUCAGAAUUUAUCCGUUAUUUUCACACCGGCGAUAUUCCACGAUCAUAACCAAGCCGAACAUCCUGGCGAGUGGCAAACCGACAGUGUGUUUGAGGAUCUCAUCAACUAUGAAGAUAUCGUCUUUGCCAAUCCUGACAGCCAGAGACCCUCCGUGAACACCAUUCAGCAGCAGAUGCAAGGUAUACCAUCCUCUGCGAGUCCGUCAUCGGAAACGCGCAACCGAAUCUCAUCCCACCAUGGAACACCGACAAACCUAUUGCUUACUGCGCCUAUGCAGCCGCCCCUGAUACCGGUAGCCGGGGUAUCAGAAGGAUCACGCGUACAACCUCCACAGAGUCAACGUUCGGCAUCGCUUGCCCAGCCCAGCCAUUUCAACAACGCCACAACUACCUUGAAUGAUCAUACUAUCGAUUCUGGGCAAUCGUACCCUAGUAUCGGCAAGCAGUACACGCCAGAACUUGCCCAAGAACACUACACUUAUCAGCCGAUCAAUGAUAUGUACAAUACUGAUAUGAGUACAUUGUUUUCUUCGUCAAAGACACUAGAUGAAACACCCGAGGACGAAAAGACAUUCUUACCCCCCAGCACUCCAUCUGAGGAAGCACCCUCUAUCAAGACAGCCUUGUCGUCUACUCCAUUCUUGGCGAGAAAGUCGAGUUUACACGCCAAAGCGUCAGGCACAGUACCUCCGCGCCAGGAUUCUCUGAGACAAAAAAUGGCACUUGCAAACCGACCUGCUACGACGAUAGCGUGUUCACGCUCGGGACCCCAACCAUCCAAACCUCAGCUUCCCAUUAUUGCUACCGUCACUGGUAUACACACGCCUUCCUCCGCGGAAAUUUCGCCAAAUUACGAUUACAUUGAGAGUCAGGCUGCAAAAGAAAAACUUCCCACAAAUGAUAAGCCAUCAUAG